AUGGGCCUCCUCAAUAGGGAGCCAGUGAUGUAUCACAGUGAAGAAAGGGUGUUAGUGUUCCCUAACGUUUAUCAAUCUAUUGCUUUGUUGAUUAUGCAGCUAACUAAGGGCCGCUCAGGCCUUGGUAAAAACCAUAAGGAGGAAACCAAGUCUAAGAUUAGUGGUUCUGUUAAAGGGCAGAACAGUGUCCAUGAUAACAAGGGUAAACCUGUUUACCUUUACUUGGUGCAUUCACAUGGCCUAGAACUCAGUACUACUUUCGCUAACAGGUUUCGAGCUAGUGAGGUGUUAGGCAUUCCUCCUUCUACCCUUUUUAACUACAUCAUCGUAGACUGUUACUUAACAGUGAACGGUGUGUCUUCUAUUUUAUCCUGGGAUG